AUGGCAGAAACCAGAGGAAUCAAACAACAACAAGAAAAAAAACAUACUGGAGAAAAACCUUGCGGUAUUUGUGGACUAGGCUUUAAUAUGAAAAGUAAACUUUGUGAUCACAUCAAAAUACAUAAGGCUAAAAAACCUUACAAAUGUGAUGUUUGUAGAAAGAGUUAUUCCAAAUUGUUGCAUUAUAAUGAUCACAUGAGAACACAUACUGGAGAGAGACCUUUUAAAUGUGAUGUUUGUGAAAAGAGUUUUAUCAGAGCUAAUCAUUUUAAUGUUCACAUAAGAGCACACAAUGAAAAGAAAAUUUUCUAUUGUGGUAUUUGUGGACUCGGCUUUGACAUGUCAAGAAAACUUUGUAAUCACAUUAAAAUUCAUAAGACUGAUAAACCUUAUAAAUGUGAUGUUUGUGGAAAAUGUUUUACUGCAACGGGUUAUUUAAAACUUCACAUGAGGAUACAUACAGGAGAGAAACCAUACAAAUGUGAUGUUUGUGCAUGGUGUUGUUCUUACCCAAAUUCUCUUCGGUUGCACAUGAGAACACAUACAGGAGAUAAACCAUUCAAAUGUGAU